UAUAGAUGAGUGGAGCAGGAGAUAAGAGGAGGAGGACGGUGGAGUCCUCACAGUGCUGGGCCUAUAUCAAGGGGAGAGAGAAAAAAAGAGAGGAUAGUAAGGGUGAUGAAAGAGUUCCUAGUAUGGGCGUGGAGGAAAUGUAAUAUGUUACUCAUGUAGUUUUGUUCUCUGUGCUGUGCUCGCCGCUCUCCUACAGGUAGUGGACGAACCAGAGCAUAACACUGAAGGGAAGGAGGACCUAUCAUGCGAUAAAAAAACAUAAGAGAUCACAAGAAGAAGGGGAAGUCCUCUGUUUUAAUUAUAGUUGGUUAAGAAGGUAAAGUACGAAGACUGUUUAAGGAGAAGGGUCAAGGUUCAACAAGUAAGCUCACGGAACGCUAGAAACUACGAGCAAUGACAGCUGGUUAAAAAGCUAAAGUAGCUCAUUUUCUGCAUGCAAAGUAAAUAAUAUCUGGUGUUAAGUCUCGGGUAAAGUGCAGGCGCAAAACAAGGACAUUAAGCUCUCCUUGCUUCUGUGUCUCGUGGCUUCCUUAACGGUCGAAAGGUUAAGUGUCAUUGAUUAGUGAUAUCUUAUACUCGUAUUUAUCAUAAUGUAGUAGCUCAUAACAGAUAAGCUGUAGCACUAACUGGCGAGUCCAUGGACACGUGCACUGGGGUUGACAUUCCUGCAAACAGUGCCAAGUGCAAGGGUGCUGCUGGUGCUGGUGGUGUUACUGGUGAUACUCAGCAGCUUCCUUGAAAGUAGCUAGAAUAGUCCAGACCACCACCACCACCACCCCCCCCCAGUACCAUGACCAGCGCCCCCAGACCCACAGAAGAAGAGGAGGUGCAGUGGAGGUUUGCGGCUGAUGACAGGGUGCAGGGCAUGGUGGCACGGGUGGAGGUGAGCUUGAGGCAGACCACUACCUUCACCCUCAAUGCUGCCAGCCCUAUCACCCCUAUUCUGGUGGAGGAAGCACUUCAACACCUCUAUGACAAGGUGGAGUCCCUCAGGCUGUGUUUCCGGCUGCGUGACGGUAAGCUGUGGGUCGCUGACAUGCCACGCUGCAAACUGGACUUCCAGGUGGUGAGCGGCAGUGACUUGGAGGAGCAGCACAUCUUGCUGAGGGACUCUCCAUUCAACCUUCACGACGGACCGCUGUGGAAAACCCGUCUCAUGCCGUGCCCUGAGGAUGCUGUGUGCCACUUCCCAGAGGUGAAGGCAGCCUUACCUCACCAGUGCCACAUCUUGAUGACCCUGCACCACGCCACCAAUGACGGAAUGGUGGUGAUGAUGGUGACACAGCUGCUGAUUGACAUCCUGGACAGCCUCCUGCAGGGCCUACCCGUGAGCAGCCAGCAGGUCGGGGAGCUGCAUGAAGGCUUUGAGGUGAGGGAGGAGGAGGCCAGGAUCAGAGCAGCACUGCUCCAGGACCCAGAGAGGCUGGUGGCGGCAUUCAGGCAGCAUGUAGGGAGCAAGCACCUUCCUCUGCUCAUGGAGGCCUUUGGUCUGCCCAAAGCAGAGGACUGGACCACCAAGAACCUGCCGCCAGUUGUCCUCAACAACCAGUGCAUGGAAAAGUUUGCCGCCAAGUGUCGCUCCAUGGGCGCCACCAUCAACGCUGGCUUCACUGCACUCAUCAACACAGCGCUGGUGGAUUUGGCGCAGGAGGCGGGACUGAACAAGGACGUCUACCACUUGUCAAGCAGCCAUCCUGUCGACACCCGCCGCCUCAUGAAGAAUUGUAAAUCCUUCAUUCUGGGCUACCAUGCCAUCCCCAUGACUCAGAGCACUGCCACACCCCGAGAUGUGAAGGAACACUUCUGGCAGUAUGUCAAGAAACUAGAUGCAGAGCUCCGGGACAAAAUCAAGAGGAAUUACAAUUGUGAAGAGAGAGUGUUGGGUGCGAUGCUGAGGCCCCAAGACUACACACAUGAGGCACACAGUGUUCUCCGGCAGCUGCCUUCCUGUGACUACUUGUUCUCAAAUCUGUACUCACCCCGCACUUCCUAUGCAGGCGCUGGCAAGUGUGUGCAGCUGACUGCCGCGGCUAACUACAUGACCAUCCACAAUGAAAGGUGCUCUCUGGGCGUGGGACUGUUCAGCUUCCGUGGACAAGCGCGGCUGCAGCUUGCCUACUCAACAGCAGCCAUCAAUGGAGAGGUGGCCUACAAGUGUCAGGAGAAGAUCCUCAUCUUGUUCAAUGACUUAACCAGGGAACUGGAUUAAGUAACCUCUGCACUGCUCCUGUGGACCCAAUGACUACUGACUGUGGCUUUUUUCAGACAGUUUUUUUUUUUUUGUAAUGUGGAGCUUCAUGCCCUGUUGCCUCACUAAUUGGCUGGAUGUUGUGAUUACGAUUACUGGAGUAAGUUGAUUAAGUAUGUGUGAUUAAGAUUAUUUCAUGCAUGAAGUUUUAGAUGAAUGCUAAUUAUAUAAUCUUGUCAAUUGCAUGUGCUGCACCUAUCACUGAUUGAUGUACUUGAAUGUAUAGUGGGUAAUGUUCAGAUUGUUACUACUAUCUCUAUGGACUGCUCUGGGUGUCUGCAGCAGGCUGCACAACACAUAGAUUCAUUUAGAUAUUUCUGUUAUGUUUUACACCUCUGCUUCAUGUUAAGAUGAAAAAAGAGAUCAUAAGACACACAUUCUUCAAGUCUUUCUUCAUAUCUUAAAUCUUUCAAAUCUGGUACCAUCUUCGUUGCUGUCCUCUGUAUUCUUUCCAGUUUCCAUAUAUCUUUUUUUCUACGUGGAGCCCAAACUACUGCUGUGUAUUCCAGUUUAGGUUGUACCAUGCUUGUUAUAAUUUUUUCCAUUUCUUUAUCUAAAUAGUUAAAUGCCACCCAAAUAAUAAGCUGUAUGUAGAACCAAAUAUUCCAUUUAUGUGUCUUUGAGGCACAUAAACAUUACUCCCAAAUCUUUUCUCCAUUAUUUCUCAUUAUUAUUUCUCCUUCCAUUUUGUACUUCCACAAAGGUCUCUUUUUACUUUUUCCUAUAUCCAACAUGUGGCAUUUUCUUGCAUUAAAUUCUAGUUUCCAUCUUUGGCUCUGUGCAUGUAUCUUGUUAAUAUCCUUUUGUAAUUCCUUGCAGUCAUUUUCAUCCUUUAUUAUUUUCAUUGUUUUUGCACCAUCAGCAAAUAGGUUUAUAUAACUAUUUAGAUCUUCUGUCAUAUAAUUUACAUAUAUUUAAAACGUAAUGGGUGCCAACACAGAUCUUUGCGGUACCCCACUUGUCACUCUGACAUAUAUUUAAAACAUAAUGGGUGCCAACACAGAUCUUUGCGGUACCCCACUUGUCAUUCUGCUCCAGCUUGAUUUAGUGUCUGAUUACUGUUCUCAUUCUCCCCCAUCCCCUGGUAAAUAAUCCUUCAUCCAUCACAAUGUUGCUCCCUUUAGUUUUCCUCAAUUGUCUAGCUUCCACAUAAGGCUUUUGUGGGGAAAUAUCAGAUGCUUUUUGAGAUCCAGGUAUCAACCCAUCCGUCCCUCUCUUGCACCACAUCUAUUACUCUCAUAUAAAAGCUCAGUAGAUUUGUGACACAGAUCUCUUUUCCUGAAUCCAAGUUGCUUUUCUGUAAUUAUCUUUUCAUCUAGAUAUUCCACCAUCUGUCUUUAAUUACUAUUUCACAAAGCUUGCUUUGUGAAAUAGUAAUUCAUGAAUUCACAAGCUUUGCUUGUUAAUGACACUGGUCUA